AAUGCAGCCCUUUUCUUUCAGGCCAUAAUGCGCAAGCGCGCUAUACGCUCUUAGCUUUCCAUCUUGUUUAUAUGCUCCGUUUUUUUUUUCUAUAGGACAACCUCCUGAUUAUAAACUCGUUUUGGGGAUGUUGUUUGAUAUUACUCUAUUAUCAUUUCAUAACGCUAUCCUUUUCGUUCUGUACAGUGUUAGUAAAAUUACGGCUUUAUUGGAUUAUUAUUUCGACUAAAGAAAAGCCGGACCAUGUCUCUCUAGUAAAAUGAGAGAGAGGGUAAAGAAUGAGGUUGAUGUAAAGUGCACCCACCCGUUUCUGCAUUCAAGUCAUUGAUGCAAGCUUUGUUUAUCAUCAUUACCAUCAUUGUGGCUAGUGAGUUAGUGGGCUUGCAUCAUCCGUGGGCCUCUCUGACAAACGCAUGGAUUUCUGGUCCUGUAGGCACAAGGUGGCUCUGUCAAGUUGGGCAUGCAAAAGAGAAGGCUCCACUGGUCAUAGAAGAUUACAGAAGCACCAAUGAGUUAUUUGUUAAGCUGUUUGAUUACUUUUGGAAUCCUGCUCAGGAGCUCUGGAGUUUGCCAUAUGGUUUUAAAGGAAGUGAGCUGUUGCUGGCAAAAGUUUUAGCCCAGGCUGUUGAUCACAGGUUGCCUGAUGACAUACAGAAGUUGUCGUGCAGAACAUGUGUAGUAGUUGGAAACGGGAACACACUCAGAAACAGCUCUUUAGGGAAGCUAAUUAACCAGCAUGAUAUUGUGAUAAGAUUGAAUGAUGCUCCAGUGAAAGGGUAUGAGCAGGAUGUAGGCAACAAGACCACGAUGCGUCUAUUUUAUCCAGAGUCUGCAUUUUUUGAUCCCGAAGAAGAAGAUCCAGAUACACUGUUAGUGUUAAUACCAUUUAAACCAGAUGACCUCAGGUGGCUCAAAGAACUGUUAUAUAAUGACAAAAGAAUUAUGAAAGGAUUCUGGAAGAUCCCACCUUUAUUGUGGAACGUUGAUCCAACUAAGUUAAGAAUCCUUCAUCCAUACUUUUUAAACGAAACUACAGUAAAACUACUGAAAAUUACACCAGUUCCACUAGCUCACCAACUUAAAUUAAAAAACAAGGAGAAACCAACACACCCAACUACUGGAUUAAUAGCCAUAACUAUGGCUUUGCAUUACUGUGACAUGGUAUACGUGGCAGGAUUUGGUUAUCCAGGUUUAAAUGAUACACAAGUUCCAAUACAUUACUAUGAAACUCGGACAAUUAAGUCAAUGGAAGACUCUGAACAUAAUAUAACUAGAGAAGGAGAUAUACUGAAACAAUUGGCAGACAUUGGGGCUAUCAAUUAUUUGAAGAAUAUAUCGUGAACAUGGAAAAUUAAGUUUAAGUGCCUUCACAGAUGAGAGUAUUGAGCAGUGUGUUACAUGGAGCACCAUCAAAACUCGUCUUUAAUGUUUUUAUUUAUUUUUUUCUAGAAGUUGGAGUGGUCUGCUAAAGCUCUGAAGUAAUAACUAAGAGGGUGAUUUUUGAUGGACAAAAGUAUUUGAUAAUCAGUUUUGAUUUACGUAUUUGGAGUACACUGCUGUGGAGUAACGUCACUGCAUAUUAAUUACUGCAAAGGUUAUCCUAGUUCCAUGCUACUUGGUAAUACAGUCGUUUUUAUUAGGGUUUAAGACCCUUGCACUUGACUGGGAGUCAUAAUAUGCAAGAUAUAACAUUGUCAAUGUUAUCAGCAACUAGCCGUCAAGUCCCUUUCGGAUUUAAGUACUGCACACUUUAAAGACAGGCAAAACUGGCAACUGAUGUAGAAAUAAAACAAACUGAAAACACUGUGA